AUGCUGGUCCACAGAUGGAGUUUGAAUUUGAGCAAUUCAGAGAGUUUCAGUUUAAACCAAAGCUUUAAUGAGAGCACUGAGGACCCACUUUACCCACAGGUCCCAACUGGUCUCAGUAGAACCGGCCACACCGUUGUAGCAGUUUUCCUCGGACUGAUUCUUUUUUUUGGAUUCUUCAACAAUCUUCUUGUUCUGCUUGUCUUUGCAAAGUUUCGCUCUCUCUGGACACCCAUCAACCUCAUCCUGUUGAACAUCAACGUCAGUGACAUACUUGUGUGUAUUUUUGGCACGCCAUUCAGCUUUGCAGCGAAUGUGUACGGAAGGUGGCUUAUCGGGGACUAUGGUUGCCAGUGGUAUGGUUUCGCAAAUUCUCUUUUCGGCAUCGUGUCCUUGGUGUCCCUGUCCAUCCUGUCUUACGAGCGCUACUCGGCCGUGCUGUGUGCCACCAAGGCCGACGUGUCGGACUUCCGCAAGGCCUGGCUGUACGUGGUGGGCACCUGGCUGUACUCGCUGCUGUGGACGCUGCCGCCGUUCCUGGGCUGGAGCCGCUACGGGCCGGAGGGGCCGGGCACCUCGUGCUCCGUGGAGUGGCAGCGGCGCUCGGCCGGCGGCGUCUCCUACGUGGUGUGCCUCUUCCUCUUCUGCCUGCUGCUGCCGCUGCUGCUCAUGCUCUUCUGCUACAGCAAGAUCCUGCUGGUCAUCAGAGGGGUGAACAGGAUGAACCUGCUGUCGGUCCAGCGGCGGCAGAACCACAUCCUGCUGAUGGUCUUCACCAUGGUGUCCUGCUACCUGCUCUGCUGGAUGCCCUACGGCCUCAUGGCCCUGGUGGCCACCUUCGGAGAGAGCGGCCUGGUCACGCCGGUGGUCAGCGUGGUGCCCGCAGUGCUGGCCAAGAGCAGCACCGUCCUCAAUCCCGUCAUCUACGUGCUCUUCAACAACCAGUUCUACAGGUGCUUCGUGGCCUUCGUGAGGUGCGGUGCUGACCCCCAGUCCCUCCACUCCUUCCACCCCCCGCAGAGCAGCAGGGAGGAGGCCGUGGCUGUGGGCUCCUCCCCCACACAGCGCAAGUCCCUCAGCCUGCGCCACCCCAGCAGGACCCCGCUGAGCAUGGAGAGGCGCACGCUGUCGCUGGUGGUCCACUACACCCCCUGACCGCUGGGAACGGACAGUUGCAAUGACUUGGUGCUUCGUUGGUGGACUAAAAAGACUGCAAGGAGGAAGCUGAAUGUAAACAAUGUAUGUUGAUACUUUUGUGCUCCAGUAUUAGCUACCAUUCCUAAACAUAAUAACAACCGUGCUGUGGUAUUCCUUUGGUUUAUUGAUUGUGUAUCCUGUAAUGUUUGCACUUUAAAACAGACUGAAAUGUGAUCAUAACGUACUUAAAGUCAAGGUUUCCCACUAGAGUGAUUAGACAGAACACAACUAAAGAUGGCUCAGUGAAUAACAGAGUGCUGGACUGAACUGGACAUGCCCAGCCUGUAGUCACCUCCCUUGGAGGGGUCUGCCGUGCGGAGAGGUCUUCAGGGAACAGCCUUGCAUAACACUACCAGAGAGAAUGCCAUGCCAUGUAUCUCUGCCAGACAUCCAUACUGUACCCCUGUGUAUGUGACAGCAAACUGAGAUUCUUUUUUUAAAAGCAUAUUGUGCGGUAAAUAAUUGAUAAUGCAUAUAAGGAGCACACUGAUGACUUUUAUUGUGUAUCUUGGUAUUGCGGUGGAAAAUUUAAUUAGUCCCACGCUGCUCAACUGAAAGACUGCAUCCAGCUGGAUAGUAAUCAUGUGUACUGUAUAUGCUGCCAAAUGCCCAACGCCUACAUUGUAAUGUAAUUUGGUGACGAACAUCCUUAUGAAAUGAUGGCCUUGGUGGAUUGUUUCCACACUGAACUAAACUUAAGUGGCAUACUUACUCAUGAAAAUGCAAGUCUGACAGGGGAUGAGCAGGCACAGUAAGACCAUUAAAGGGAGAGCAUCCCACAGAAUCUGUGUGUUUUCAUGCAAACUUUGCGUUGAGUAAGCUCUCAGCAAAAGUGCUGUGUGUGAGGGAGAGCUCCACAGGCUUAGGUUCUCUGGCGUAAAUUCUCAUGAUGAAUGUGAAAAAAAAAAAAACCUUUAUGGACUGUGGUCUGAUUGGGAUUCUUGACUUUGUAAUUUUUCAGGCAGCAUAGACUAACAUGUAAUGUCAGAGCUGUGUGCAAUACUGAGUUAUGUUUUUUUUGCUGUUGUUUGUUUGUUUAAAAUUUGCUGUCUUAAGUUCAGUUGACCCCUGUCUGCAGCAAUAGACUUUCCGCACUACUGUGUAUGCCCAGCAGGGGGAUCAGGACAGGCUGUUACAUCAUGUCAGGGUGUUCAUGUCGAUGUUCAUUUCCUCACUAGUUCAUGCUUUGCUGUAACUUCACUGUGAGAGACUUAUUGCGCUACCACAUGAAUACACAGAUAUAUGAGAACUUUUCCAUUUGCUUUCUAGGAUCUGUGAUUUUAUCUACACCAAGUGAACAGCUGUGUGUAUGUGUUUCCUAUAAUGUCUUGCUUUGUGGGGCUGUAAUGAUGA